AUAUAGGAGCUGCAGUAGUGUAGUUAUACAGCACGAUGGUGGUUGCGUUGCGGAUUGUUUGUAUUUUAGCAGUUUUCUGUGGAGCACUGCAGGCCGCUCCAACGGUCACGUACGACCAGAGGCAACACGGUGAAUUCAAUUUACAGGUGGAUGUAGACGAUGUCGCUAUAGUAUUGUUGCCGAGCGAUGAGCUCGCCCAAAGAGGUAUACUGCAGAAUAACAAUAAGAUGUAUCAAAUAUUAGGGCGCCGCAACGGCGUCAAAUUGAAAAAAAAGCAUCACAAGAAACCGGUGAACUGCAUGACAACAACGGUUAACCCAGAAGUGCCCUACAGCGAAUUACCGUCAACGUCAUAUCUUCCGACAUCAUCACAGGGAUACGAAGAAUUGUACUCAACGUCGACUUCGAGCCAAGAAAAAUUACAGGAUAUAAUACCCGCGGCUGCUGCAUCGCUCGUGUUUGAAACAAAUGUUCCGACCGCUCUCGAUAGUUUAAACACCACAAGUAGCGACUUAUAUUCUGCAGUUAUAACACCAAGUCCGUUUGAGAAAAAAGUUCAUUUGGAGGUAACUGCAGAUAGUGUCGCAGCUAACUCGUCUGAAAUAGAAGCUGUAAAAACCGUAGAAAAACCUACGAUAGUAGGCGGUGCCGUCGAAACCAAUAAUACAGAAAUGGUUGCGAUACAAACAGUAGAAAAAUCUACAGAUGUAACAAGGUUGCAGGCAUCAGACAUUUCAAAAGGUUCGAAGACUGACGUUAAAACAAUUGAUGCACUUUCAACAAAUUUUGAAGAAAAUCCCGUGAGCGUAUCAUCCGAUGUAAAAAUAGUAGACAAAAUUACUAAUGACGAAAUUAUUAAAAUCGACGAUACCCAGACAAAGGAUUCGAACACUGAAGAUAAAUCAAAUGAAAUAACUACCGUAAGAAUAUUAGAAACUAUAGAAAUCAAGGAAGUCAAACCCGCUGAGAUGAUCGUUAUAAAAACUAUGGAAAAACCUACGGACGGUGGUGCGAUACCCGUAGAGUUCGUUGACGAAUCUGUAGUGGACACAUCGCGUGUAAAUGGUAUGGAGACGCAAGUAAAUACGAAAAUAACUAAUGAACCUACAGAAAUGAUUGCCAUGAAAACUAUAGAAAAACCAACAUUUUCCGAAGUCUUAAAGGUCGUAAAAAACCCUAUGGAUGCGGCUGAUGCAGUUAAAUCUGCAGAUACCCAAGCUAAUAAAACGACUUCGGUAGAUUUGAACAAAAGUCCUGUAGAAUUAGUCGCUAUGAAAACAUUGGAUAGCCCACAUACUACUGUAAGGACAACAACUUCUAUAGAAAAGUCUGGAAUUACAACAAGUACUAAGGUAGUGGAGAUACAAGAAGACACAAAAAUGCAGAGUAGACCUUCGGUAGAAAAUAUAGUCUCAAAGUCUGCUCCAAAACAAACAGAAAUGAUCGCCAUGAAGACAGUGGAAAAUUCGGCGACGGUAAAAAGUGUAAUUUCCGUAAAAACUGUGAUCAAACCUGGAAUUCCAAAGUCAACACUGUCAUCAAACAGUUCCUCGAUCAUGCGUAAGGUAGGCGAUCGUAAACCGUUGCCCACAAUCACAUUAGAAGUGGCAACUCCAAAAGCAUUGUAGGUAAAAUGCUUGAUGAUAAUUGUAAGAUUUUUUAAAAUAUUGAAGAUGUUUUGUCACUUUAGAACAACGUUUAAAUAUAAUUAUAUUUAAAUAAUGUUCAUCUUUCAAGCGUUAGCCUAGUAUAAAUCAAUAUCUGGAUGGCCAGAUAAUGCAAUCUGAAGACUUAUUAUAUUUUAAAAAUCAAAACACGUUUUUAUUAUGUUUAUUUAUUUAAAUAAUACAAAUUUAAAUUUAAAAAAAAAUCUUUUAUUGUUUUUAUGUAAAUAUAUAAUAUUUUAUAGUAUUAAUUAAUAAAAUAAUAGACAAUUUAAGAUAAUUGUAUAUUGAUUAUAGGACAUAAUAUCUUAAAAUAUAAUGAUAUGUUUACAUUAUGAAUUGAUACAAUCGUUUUGGCUA